AUGACUUCAGUUUUUGUUUCUGGAGCAUCUGGCUUCAUUGCCCAGCAUAUAGUGAAGGCAUUGAUUGCCAAGGGCUACGAUGUUGUUGGCUCGGUGCGUUCCGAAGCCAAAGGUGAAACGUUGAAGAAAUGUUUGAAUUCUGAAAAAUUUCAAUACGAAUUGGUUAAAGAUAUUACCGCUGAUGGUGCGUUUGACGCUGCAAUCAAGGCGCACCCCGAAGUUACUGUACUUUUGCAUACCGCGUCGCCGUUCUUUUACGAUACUACAGAUCCAGAAAAAGAUUUGGUAAUUCCUGCCAUCAAUGGUACUCGCAACAUUCUCGCGGCCGUCAAGAAAUACGGUCCUCAAAUCGAACGGGUGGUUAUCACCUCUUCUGACGCUGCCUUGUACUCUUAUGAGGGCGAGCAGGACGCCCUGAACUCGUUUGACGAGUCUAGUUGGAACGGAAUCAGCUAUGAAGAUGCGAUCAAAGACCCGAUUUCUGCCUACUACGGUGCCAAGACGUUUGCCGAAAAAUUGGCAUGGCAGUUUUUGGAGGAAGAGAAGCCAAACUUCAAGUUGGCAGCCGUCAACCCAGUUUAUGUGUUUGGACCGCAGGCUUUUGACAGCGAAGUUGGUGAAAAACUCAACACUUCCAACGAAAUGAUCAACACUUUACUUAAGGUUGGGCCUUCGGGAUCUUUUGAAAACGACAAAGGAGGUUAUGUCGAUGUGCGGGAUGUUGCCAAGGCACAUAUAUUUGCGUUUGAGAACGAUUCGGCUAUAAAUCAGCGACUUUUCAUGACAAACGGUAAUUUUAGCACGCAAAUGAUGGUGGAUAUUAUCAACGAAAAGUUCCCACAAUUGAAGGGGAAAGUGCCCAAAGGAACGCCUGGUUCUGGUCCCGCCGAUAUUAAGACUUUGGCUAGCAAACGAAAUGAAAAAACCCGGCAUUUGUUGGGAUUUGAGUUUACACCGUUGGAGAAAAUCGUGGAGGAUGUUGUGGCUCAGAUAAGAAACAGACAGUAG